AUGAACGCGCUUCACCUCGCCGACGUCAACGGCACCACUGGCGCGCCAGUCUUGGACGCCGACGAGCAUGUCCUUGCGACGUUUUUGAAUGUGCGCAUGUACACCAACACGUAUGGUUCCAACGAUGAUGACGAUGCAUCCCCGUCCAUGGAAUCCAAAGGCACAGGAAACCUCUACGUCACAUCGGCGCGAGUGGCGUGGAUCUUUGGCCAAGAAUCGGAAGGGGUCGUGGGAUACGCAUGGGAUAUGACAUUCUUGUCGUUGCAUGCGAUUUCACGUGACACCAGCAGCUUCCCCGAGCCAUGUCUCUAUUGCCAAUUGGACGUGGACGACGAAGUCAACGAGAUUCGCUUCGUGCCGUGCGACGUCGACAAGCAGCUCCAAGCGAUGUUCGAUGCGUUUUCCGCGUCCGCCGCACUCAACCCUGACGACGACGAUGACGACGAACCUCAAGGAGGGGACUGGAUCUACAACGAGGACGAAGUCGUGAAUGGCGCCCGCGAGGCCAAUCUAGCGGCGCACUUCGAUUCCAUCUUGCAAGUCGUGCCGUCGCUGGACGCCAACGUCGCGGGGCAGUUCGACGACGCAUCAGACGACGAGUCGCUUCUGUAAUGCCAGAACCAUCUUCGUGCAGCCCAACAAUCACACAAGAAUACGCAUGUGAUCGAUGUACAGAGUUUGGUUGCUCCCAAAGCAUCUGAAGUCGUCCUUUGGACUGUGUUGAGGCAGUUUGGGACUAGUUUGUCGUUGUAGCGGUUCUAUAGUGCCUUACUACUAACAGUACAUUUACGUAGUAUUGGUUUUAGGGGAUAUUAUAGUCCUUUGACCCAAAAUUUACUGUUAAAUCGAUC